AUGACACUCACAGACUCACCAAUUGAGAUGGCAGCUCUGGGCAGGGCCCUGUUCCCAGGCAUGCUGUAUGACUAUGGUAGCAACACCUUCAUCCCAGGUGUCACUCUGUAGGAUUCCAAAGCUAUAGAAAAUUACCUUUGUGUUCAUGAGAAGCCAAGCGCUGAUUUCACCAUCUCAACAUCCGACUCAAUCAGGGAGAACUCUAAGCUUCGCGUGAGCCCUUCACUGAAAGCAAGCUUCCUUAGAGGGCUGAUAGAGGUGUGGGGGUCGGCCAAAUAUCUGAAGAACGACAUCUCCUCUGCGCGGCAGUGCAGAGUUACUAUGAAGUACAGCAUGACCGGACGCUAUGAGCAGCUGACCAUGGGUCAUCUUGGCAAUAUCACGUACCCCCAGGUAUUUGAUCAGCAGACGGCCACUCACGUUGCCACAGGAGUGCAGUAUGGAGCUCAAGCCUUCUUGGUGUUCGACCAGUCGGCUUCUAAAGUAGAGAGCAUGCAGAAUAUCCAGAGGACCCUGCAGGUGAUGGUCAAGAAGAUCCAGCUGCUGUCCAUCGAAGGAGAGGCAGCAUUGAAACUGUCAGAUGAGGAAAAGAAAACUGCAGAGAAAUUCGACCGCACGUUCCACUGUGAUUUUGACAUCAAACAGAAUCCCACCACUUUUCUGGAAGACAUUAAUGUGUGUAAAACCCUGCCUCAGUUGCUGGGAGAGAAGGCUGUUCCUGUGAAAGUGUGGCUCUACCCUCCAAUUAAGCUGGAUUCCAAAGCAGCUUGGCUGGUGCAAGAGAUCAGAGUGGGUCUGGUCUCCCAGGUGGAGGAGGUGCUGCAGUUGCUUAAGGAUGUCAACAUGAGAUCAAACGACCUGAUCAGUGACAGCUUUAUCAACCGGUUUGUAGAUCUGAAAGACAAACUGAUAGAGUUCCAACACAACUUCCACCAGUAUAAGUUUGUCUUUGAGAAGUCUGUGUACAGGGUCCUUCCAGCUAUCCGGGGUGGAGAGAAAGAGGAGCAAGCUCUGUUUGAUAUCCUGGAGAACCACAACACCUCUCCAUUCACCAAGGACAACAUGAACAAGUGGCUGGAUGAGAAAGAUAAUUAA